UCUCUCUUUAAAUGACGCUGCAUCAGUUGAUUUUCAACAGAUAGUCAGAUUCAUACCACUGACCAUAGUCCUCUGUCGUAUCCUGAGAUGAUGAUCCGGUACUUCAUCUGUGUUUUGGUGCUGGGGAUAUCAGCAUCGGCUACUAGUUGGUUCCAUUCCCCGUCCCCGUCCCAGGUUGCCUUUUCCGCUGGUCUCACGCAUAACGUUGCACUUGGUAAAGGAAGAACCCUUUGCUUCAACCACAUCUUCCUCAACAUUGGAAACGCCUACAACCUGAAAACGGGGACAUUCACUUGUCCUAGGAGCGGCGUGUACUCUUUCCAGCUGUCUGCCUUAACUCAAAAAGGCAAAGAAGCGUGGCUCGAACUCACCGUCAACGGCAAACUUAUAGUGAGUGCGUGGGGAAGAACUGGGUAUGCGACUGCUACGAACGCCGUUAUCGUUCGUGUGAGAAAGGGGGACAGGGUGCGGGUACAAGCAAGAAGGCACACGACGAGGUUGUUUGGAAGAGCUGACCAGGUAUACACAACCUUCUCCGGCUAUCUAAUCUCUGCUCGGUGUUCGUGGACAGAGUUCAUGGUGCAGGCGAGAGGUCCUCUGGUAUACUUCAGGGCAAUUCUGCCUAAGGACACUACUUACGGACAUCGCAGUACCAUCGUAUUUAGCCAAGUGGAGGCAAACAAUGGUUCAGGGUAUAACCCAUCAUCCGGGGUAUUCCAUGUUCCAAUUGCAGGUCUCUAUCUGAUGAAAUGCCAGCUUGAAACCACCAACCACGGUACUUCUGAGUUCUUCCUGGAGAAAGAAGGAUCAGACCAGUCAGUGCUGACCAUUCAACACCAUUACAGCUCCAAGACUAUGAGCGUUAUCAUACAUCUGAACGUGGGGGACCACGUUCUAGUAAGAAAGAGGUAUGACAUCAAAACGCUCCACUCAUCGGCUACUAGUUGGUUGCAUUCCCCGUCCCCGUCCCAGGUUGCCUUUUCCGCUGGUCUCACGCAUAACGUUGCACUUGGUAAAGGAAGAACCCUUUGCUUCAACCACAUCUUCCUCAACAUUGGAAACGCCUACAACCUGAAAACGGGGACAUUCACUUGUCCUAGGAGCGGCGUGUACUCUUUCCAGCUGUCUGCCUUAACUCAAAAAGGCAAAGAAGCGUGGCUCGAACUCACCGUCAACGGCAAACUUAUAGUGAGUGCGUGGGGAAGAACUGACUAUGCGACUGCUACGAACGCCGUUAUCGUUCGUGUGAGAAGGGGGGACAAGGUGCGGGUACAAGCAAGAAGGCACACGACGUAUCUGUAUGAAAGAGCUGACGCGGUAUACACAACCAUCUCCAGCUACCUAAUCUCUGCUCGGUAGUGAACUGAGGGUUGGAAAAUGUUAGUGACGUAAUUAAAAAAGAUCUUUCCCCGUA